AUGUCCAGGAAUCAGGCACUCAUAAAGAAGAACACCACGCCUCAUGACCUUCGCCCGAGCGAUGUCCUCAUUGAGCGCUUCACAGCGUGGAAGGCCAUCACGAAACAGCUCAUCGCCUACUUUGAAGGCAUCGCUGACAUCGAAAACAAUACCGCCAAAGAGCUAACUAAGCUUGGCGCCGUCAUUCAAGUUCCCUUCCGUGCCGGCAAUCAAUUUCUCGGCGAGGACGGUUUACAGGAUGUCUAUUACAACAUUCGUGACAAAACUCGAAUUAUCGCCGAUCACCAUGCUAAUCUUGGGAAGACCAUCGAGGGCUCUAUCGUGCAGCACCUUCAGAAACUUCACUUUGAGAUCAAGGCCCAUGUGAAGAAUGUUCAGAACGACACUGGAAAGCUCGCUGCGAGUGUUGCCAAAGAGCGUGAACUUUCUACCAAGGCCGUUACCGAUCUCUCUCGGGCAAUUUCACUGUACAAGAACACGCCCAUGUCUGUGCAUGCUAAAGAAGACCCUUAUGUGAUGAACCAACUCGUUUUGAGGCAACUCCAAAAGCAGGUCAAUGAAGAAAAUGCCCUCCAGAAGUCAAUUAUUAUCAUGCAGCAAAAUAGCGCUCACUUUGAAGAGGGUAUUGUCCGCUCACUGCAGUCAGCUUGGCAGACUUUCGAGGAAUGGCGAUCCCGCAUGUCCUCCUCUGUUCAGGAUUCGUGGCGUGCCCUUGGUCAAUCGUUUGCCACUAUCUCACCCGAUCGUGAAUGGAUAGCUUUCGCAGCUCGCUCGGAUCAUCUCCUGGAUCCUGACACUCCUCUCCGUAACCCAGAGCAUAUUGAGUUUCCCUCGAAAGAGGACCCAUCCGUUGUCCCCGUGCAUGUAGGGCUCCUUGAGCGCAAGCGCCGCUUUACGCGCGCCUACAAGGAAGCCUACUUUGUUCUUACGCCCGCUGGGUAUCUUCACGAAUACACAUCGUCUGAUCCCCUUGCGCAGAAUCUGCCCAGUUUUUCCCUCUUCUUGCCUGCCUGCACUCUUGGUCCUCCCAGCAGUGCCUCCACUGCGCGAUCGCACAAGUUCCACAUCGAGGGUAAGAAAGAUGCGAGUGGCCUUGAGCGUAAAGGCUCUAUUCUUGGAAAACGAGCCCCUCAUGCGUACACAUUCCGUGCCCGUUCCCACGAAGACAUGAUGGAAUGGUGGAACGACCUCCGCAUGCUUGUCGCUAGGUACCUUGUCGCUAGCGAGGCAAUCGAUAGGAGUGGGCCCGUUGCGGCCGCUGUUAGAAGCGCUGGGUAUGCCAGCGAGGAUGAGGAAGAUGAGGAGGAAGGCAGUAGCAUUGAAGAAGAGGAAGAAGAGGAAGAUGAGAGCAGGUACGUGGCUGCGCCGGAUCACUUAGCGCACGAUGAGGUUGUCCCUGCGUAUACCAUACCUGCAAAGGAUUCAGGAAUUGAGAUAGGGCCAGAUGGUUACGUGGUUGAGAAGAAAGGUCUCACAGAGGACCGCUCUAGCGCGAAUGCGGGCCCAUCGGAAGGGGGGUUACAACGUAAAUUAAGCCGCAAGCAGGAGAAGGCGCCCGAGAAACAGCAGCCUGAGGGAGAGGUUACGGUCGCUGCGAACGGUGAGCAACAUCAUGAAGAUCGUCUUCCUGACUCCCCCGAGCACCAUAUCGUCUCGUCUCUCACUUCCAUCGACGCCAAUGCAGAAGGCGGAGGGGAAAAUAAGGGGCUGGUCUCCAGGUUUAAGGAGUUGAUCGCCUAG